AUGAAUAACGGUUCUGGUCGAUAUUUGCUAACUCCUCCAGAUGAUCUUCAUCCCUACGUGCCAAGUUCGAAACGGCAGGAGCAAGUAUACCCUGAUUUCAAGCCUUGGGAGCACACUGCAGCGGAAGAUCAAAUCCUGGUAAACUUUGUAGCCAAGGGAUUUUAUCAUACACCAAUGGUAAAUUUCGAGUCCAUAUCUGCGAGAUCAUCCGUCCAUGAAUCAUUGGUCACCCAAUCUAACCUUCUUUCUCAGCAAUUCGACAAAAUCAUCAAGAUUAGAGAAGACCACAUUAAUAAGAUCCCCUCAAAUUCCACUACAACGUUACACGGGCCUGGCUUUCAGCUACCUAAUAGAAUCACCCUUACUGAUCAUAGAAAGGAAACGUGGUUGCAUGAAUUGAGUUCUUCCCACGCUUCGCUCGUCAAGAUUGGUAAAUUUAUACCUCACGGUUUGAAAAGAAGACAAGUCAUCGAGCAGUGCUAUUUAAAAUUUAUACCCUUGAAAAGGGCCAUUUGGUUGAUUAAAUGCUGUUAUUUUAUCGAAUGGAAAUCGAAUCACAAGAAGAAGAGGUCAAAUUCUGCUGGAGUGGACGAUGCCAUUUCUAUGCAUUUGUUAAAGGACUGGACGGACACAUUCGUGUACAUCCUGGAAAAGCUCAUCUUUGAUAUGACAAAUCAUUAUAACGAUUCCCAACAACUACGUGUGUGGAAGAGACAGAUCUCUUAUUUUUUAAAGCUUUUGGGAAACUGCUACUCAUUGAAACUGAUCAAUAAGGAAAUUUUUCAUCAUUGGCUUGUGGAGUUUAUAAACAAAAUGGAAAAUUUCGAAUUUUUGCCGUUGUCUUUACAUAUUCUAAUGAUUUUCUGGAACGACAUCUGUCAAAUUGACACGAAUUCUCCUGCUGCUGCUACAACAACAUCGAAUCAAAAAGAGCCUUUCUUUUUGGUAACGAAAAUCACGGAUAUGCUACUGCACAAAUAUUAUAUUGUUUCCAGCAGUAAAUCAAUGAUCAACGACGAAAACUACAUCAUUAAUGAUAUAAAGAAAAACAACAAGAUAAAGUUGAAUAUCCUGAAGAUUUUAUCCAGUUUGAUUUUAAAAAUUUUUCAAGAGCAAUCUUUAGAAGUGUUUAUAUUUCCAACGUCUAACUGGGAAAUUUAUAAACCCUUACUUUUUGAGAUAGUGUCAAAUGCUGACACCACUCCAAAUUCUGAUAUGAAGAAAAAAUUGGAGUUAAUCAGUUACAGAAACGAGUCGUUGAAGAAUAACUCUUCUAUACGAAACAUCACAAUGUCUGCCAGCAAUGCAAAUGACUUUCAACUAACCAUAGUAACCUGCAAGCAGUUCCCAAAACUAUCAUGCAUUCAAUUGAACUGCAUAGAUACCCAGUUCACCAGGCUACUGGACGAUAACCCUACGGAAUUCGAUUGGCCCACUUACAUUGACCAAAAUCCCCUUACAAUGCACAAAAUUAUCCAAUUGAUUCUCUGGUCCAUACAUCCAUCAAGACAAUUUGAUCAUUAUGAAUCCAAUCAGCUGGUGGCGAAAUUACUACUAUUACGAAUAAAUUCAACAGAUGAGGAUUUGCAUGAAUUUCAGAUAGAAGAUGCCAUUUGGUCAUUGGUUUUCCAACUAGCCAAAAAUUUUUCGGCUCAAAAGAGGGUAGUAUCAUAUAUGAUGCCUUCAUUGUAUCGUUUGCUUAAUAUACUAAUUACUUAUGGUAUAAUUAAGGUCCCUACAUAUAUCAGAAAACUAAUCAGUUCCGGUUUGCUUUAUCUCCAAGAUUCCAAUGAUAAGUUCGUGCAUGUCCAGCUGUUAAUUAACUUGAAAAUUUCACCUUUAAUGAAAAGUCAAUACAAUAUGGUUUUAAGAAACGUUAUGGAGUAUGACGUUAAGUUUUAUGAAGUUUUUAAUUUCGACCAACUCGUGGAAAUCACAGAACAAAUCAAAACGCGAAUACUCUCCAACGACAUGAUCGAUUUACAACUAUUGAAGACUCCCUUGAGCAUUAAAAUUAUGGUUGCAGAAUGGUACUUAUCACACUUAUGUUCUGGUAUCUUAUCUAGUGUCAAUCGUACAGUAUUGCUAAAAAUAUUCAAGAUUUUUUGUAUCGAUUUGGAAGUUUUCCACCAUUUUUUCAAAUGGAUCGAAUUUAUUGUUUAUCAUCAACUGCUAAGUGAUAUAGAAUCUCUGGAGGCAUUAAUGGACAUCUUGCUAUGCUAUCAAAAAUUGUUCUCACAGUUCAUUAAUGACCACAUACUUUUCACGAAGACUUUCAUAUUCAUUUACAAAAAAGUUCUGAGAGAAAAAGACGUAUCUGCUUAUAAUGUGACUUCAUUCAUGCCAUUCUGGAAAUUUUUUAUGAAGAACUUCCCCUUUGUUUUAAAGGUGGAUAACGAUUUGAGGAUUGAGUUACAGUCUGUUUACAAUGACGAGAAAUUGAAAACCGAGAAAUUGAAAAAUGAUAAAUCAGAAGUAUUGAAGGUGUAUUCUAUGAUAAAUAAUUCAAGCCAUACUGUCGGACAGUCUUGGAAUUUUCCCGAAGUGUUCCAAAUAAAUAUCAGGUUUUUACUACACAACUCUGAGAUUAGUGAUGCCACCACAAGCAAGCUGUUCCAGAAGGCACGAAACAACGUCAUGCUUUUGAUUGCUACUAAUUUGAAGGAGUAUAACAAAUUCAUGUCAAUUUUCUUGAAAAGGAAAGAUUUUACUAAUGAAAAUUUAAUUCAAUUGAUUUCUCUAAAACUUUUAACUUUUGAAGUGACUCAGAAUGUAUUGGGGCUCGAGUAUACUAUUCAAUUAUUACCAAUGAAUUUGAAAAAUAAUGAUAAUUCUUAUGGCCUGUUUUUGAAAUAUCACAAAGAGCAAUUUAUAAAGUCAAAUUUUGAAAAAAUUUUACUGACAUGUUAUGAAUUGGAUAAAAAAAAUCGUGGCAACAAAUGUGAAACCAACUAUUACGAGAUUCUAUUAAAAAUUUUGAUAACCUAUGGGUCAUCUCCCAAAUUACUUGCAACAUCUACAAAAAUUAUAAUAUUAUUAUUGAAUGAUAGCGUUGAAAACUCAUCUAAUGUUUUAGAGGAUAUUUUGUACUAUUCAACCUGUCCAUCGGCAACGGAUCUUAACGAUAUACCCCUGGGUAGUGGACAACCUGGCAAUGGCAGUGUUGUUGCCAAUAAUGAUAACAGUGACGAUGAUGAUCAUACAGUUGAUGAAAUAGAUCAAGUAGAAUAUUACAGUAUGAUGGAUUUUGCCAAUCUUUGGAUUUUCCAAGCGUUUACCUGUUUUUGCAUCGAAAAAAUCACAAAGAAUAAUGAGCCAGCAAUAGUGAUAGAAGAAUUGAAAAAUUUCAUCUUCCAAAUUAUCGAAAUAACUAAUUCUAAUGAUUUAUGUUCACAAAUAUUUGACCGACUGAAGGAUAUGCAGAUUAUUGAAAUGAUAACUCAAAUCGUGGAGAAAGAUUUCUGCACUACUUGUUUGCAAAUCAACAACCAAAAGAUGGAAGAUAAUUAUAUCGUUGUGGUAAUCGAAAUUAUAACAUCAUUAUCCAAAAGAUUUCAAAGAGAAACUUCUGGUAUGAUAGUUAUUUCCACGGAAAACUACCAUUUACUAAUAAAGAUUAUAGGACAAUUAAGCGAUCUGAACGAAGGAAAUUUAUCCAAGAAAGAAAUUCAAAUUGACGCCCUCUUGAAAAUUUUCACUUUCCACCAGGAUUCUAUUUUCCAACGCAUCAUCGCUGAUUUGACAACUGAUAAAACCGCAAGCCCAUUCAUUGAUAGCAUGUGCAAAUUGUUUGAUAAAAUAUCAUUCAAUUUGAGAUUGAAGUUAUUCCUGUACGAAAUUUUGUCUUCAUUGAAGUCGUUCGCCAUCUAUUCAUCCACAAUUGAUACCCCAGCAUUCCACACGAGCGGCAAGAUUGAACUGCCGAAGAAAUUGCUCAACUUGCCACCAUUCCAAGUGUCCUCUUUUGUCAAAGAUACGAAACUUCAUGGUGGCGACUAUGGGGAAGAAGAAGGCGAAGAAGAUGCAGAGCAAGAGGAAUCGUUUAGUUUAGAGUUAGGCAUUGGCGUAGUUGAAAUGACACACGAAGACGAACAGAAAUGGCUGAUUUAUGACAAGAAAGAUCAUAAAUAUGUCUGUACAUUUUCCAUGGAGCCGUACCACUUCAUCUCCAACUAUAAUACCAAGUAUACGGAUGACGUGGCUACUGGCAGUACAGAUACAGCAGCAUUCAACGAUUCCUGUGUAAACCUGAGUCUUUUCGAUGCUCGAUUCGAGAGAAAGAAUCCACACUGA